AAAAUAGCAUGUAGUAUAUAUGGUAUAUAACAUACCCGAAAAAAGCAAGGAAAAAUUAUUCCCUUUAAUACCGUCCAAAUUCAAAGCAUUCGAGCGAACGUGAACCAGGAAAAAUCUGUUGCGUCGUUUACCUUAACCAGACAAAGAGCCCUUUUCGUGAAAGAAGUUUUACGAAGGAGGCAGUGAAAGAAUUUUUAUCGAGCAGCUGCAACCUGUAGCGUUUGUACACACGGACGCACGGCUAUGUGUUAGUGUCAGCGACUCCUGAUGGUGGGGAUAACAUAGUAGUUCGAUGUGUGAUAUGAUGGGAAUUUUACUGCCUACGACGGGUUUUUUCUAAAACGAGGCUGCAGACGUUGCCUCGUGGUGGGGAUGCAAGGCUUCGCAUAAAAAAAAGCAAAACAGAGGAUAGUCGCUUUCUUGUCACGCGGUAAUCACUUUUGAAAGACCCGAACGGUAGAAGAGAGGAUGGCAGACGUGGAAAUCGAGGUCGCGGGUGACAUGCAUAUGCCCCAACAGAAACAAAAAUCUGGCAGCGGACUCGAAUUUCUGCAAAUACCACAACUGCCACUUAGUCACAUAGGCUAUCCACAGGCUCAUGAAUGGAUUGAACAUCGGAAAGCUAACAUUAGACCAUGGUCUGUGUUUCUCAACACAAAUAACAUUAGACCACCACCAAGUUUGCAGAGAUUAAGUAAAAGAGUUAUGAGGAAUAUUGAAUAUUUCCAGAGUAAUUAUUUAUUCGUAUUUGUUGGACUAGUUAUAUAUUGCUUGAUAACAUCACCGCUCUUGCUGCUGACUGUUGCAGCAUCUCUUGGAACAUGUUACAAAGUUUCACAGCGACAUGCUAAACAAGAACUCACAAUAUUAAAUCAUAAACUAACAUUGGCACAGGUAUACAGUUUAGUUGGAAUCUGCUCGUUGCCAAUAUUUUAUUUAGUAGGUGCUGGCGCAGCACUUUUCUGGGUUCUCGGUGUAUCCUGGUUUCUGAUAACUCUACAUGCUGCUUUCUAUAACAUUGACUCGGUCUUAUGUCCAGGAGAAGAUGAACUGAAUUCCUUAGUUAUGCAAGAAGUUUCUAAUUCUGGGACAACAUUCAAUUUAUAUUUCCAAGAUGAAGUUCGUACAAUUGACUUUAUCCUUGUUUGGGAUGAAUAUAGUACCGAAGCCCAAACAUAUCGCAGCAUUGAGUGUAGACGGGUGUUUGAAAAGAACUUAGAAAAGGAAGGUUUACAAAUGGAAUACGAACAAGCAGAACCGAACGGUCUCCAUUUCAUAAAGAUACAUGCACCAAAAGAAGUGUUAAGACGGUAUUCCGAAAUAUUAAAACUUAGACUGCCAAUGAAGGAAUUAAGUAGCCAAAAAAUUCCUGAAAACCAUAGCAACGCUUUGAUGAAUGAAGUUAAUUCCUUAUUCAAUAGAAUCAUGAAAAAAUAUUAUAUCGAUGAAACAGUCUUUCCGAAAUUGAAACACAAUUUCACGGCGGUUUAUAGCCGUGAUAAAGAAUAUUUAUUUGAUGUAAAUGCGCCUAACUUUUUUACCGCUGCAACGCGCGCUAGAAUAGUACAGUUUAUUUUAGAUAGAACCAGAUUUACUGAUACCAUGCAUGACGAUUUUGCAUUUGGAAUAGAAAGGCUGAUUUCGGACAAGGUAUACGUCGCUGCAUAUCCACUUCACGAUGGAGACCUACAUUCACCAGGAUCCAUGAGAUAUUUAUUGUACAAUGAGUGGGCUAGCUUGAGAAAGUGCCUUCAUUAUCAACCGGUGGAUUACAUAAAAGAAUAUUUUGGAGUAAAAAUUGGGCUUUAUUUCGCUUGGCUCGGAUUUUACACACAUAUGCUGAUACCAGCUAGCAUUGUUGGUCUUCUUUGUUUCAUAUAUAGUUGUGCAACCUUAUAUUCUAAUGAGCCCAGCGAAGAUGUUUGCAAUGGUAAUGGUACCAUCUUAAUGUGUCCUUUAUGCGACCACAUUUGUAGAUAUUGGGAUUUAAAAGAGACUUGCCUGCAUUCAAGAAUUACAUAUUUAUUUGAUAAUCCGUCUACUGUCUUUUUUUCUAUAUUUAUGUCAUUAUGGGCUACAUUAUUUUUGGAAUUAUGGAAGAGAUAUUCAGCUGAAAUAACUCACAGAUGGGACCUGACUGGUUUAGAUGCUCAAGAGGAACAUCCUCGACCUCAGUACUUAGCACGCUUAGCGCAUAUAAAAAAGAAGUCCCUCAAUAUUAUUACAAAUGCCGAAGAACCGAAAGUUCCGUUUUGGAAAAUGAGAGUGCCAGCCACAAUCCUUAGUUUUUCAGUCGUUUUAUUAUUGAUAGCAAUAGCCAUGGCUGCCGUAUUAGGAGUUGUUCUGUAUAGAAUGUCUGUGUUAACUGCGUUAAGUGUUUAUGGACAUCCCAUGGUAACUAGUUAUGCAAUACUCUUUACUACAGCUACUGCAGCUAGUAUUAAUUUGUGUUGCAUCAUUGUGUUCAAUUGGGUGUAUGUUUGGUUGGCUGAAUAUUUAACAGAGAUUGAAUUGCUUCGUACCCAAACGGAAUUCGAUGAUAGUUUAACAUUAAAAAUUUAUUUACUUGAAUUUGUAAAUUAUUACGCUUCUAUAUUUUAUAUAGCUUUUUUCAAAGGAAAGUUUGUCGGAUAUCCAGGAAAAUAUAAUCGCUUUUUUGAUUAUCGACAAGAAGAAUGCGGCCCUGGCGGCUGCCUCAUGGAGUUAUGUAUACAAUUAAGCAUUAUUAUGAUCGGCAAACAAGCGAUGAACACAAUAUUGGAAAUGUUAUAUCCACUAUUUUACAAGUGGUUGAACACUUUGAAAGUACACGUUGGAAUGAAGUCGACCAAUGGAGAAAGGAAAACUACUGCCAGAAAAUAUCUUCAAUGGAUUAAAGACUAUAAAUUAGUGGAAUGGGGUCCAAGAAGUCUAUUCCCAGAAUAUUUAGAAAUGGUAUUACAAUAUGGUUUCGUUACCAUUUUCGUGUCUGCAUUUCCGUUAGCGCCUUUUUUCGCAUUGUUGAAUAACGUCUUCGAAAUGCGACUUGAUGCAAAAAAAUUAUUAACAAUGUACAGAAGGCCAGUUGGACAGCGUGUUAUAGAUAUAGGUAUAUGGUAUCGUAUCCUCGACUCCAUUUCCAAACUCGCUGUCAUAACUAAUGCAUUCAUUAUAGCUUUUACAUCAAAUUUUAUACCAAGAUUAGUGUACCGAAUGAUCGUUUCUGAGAAUUAUUCCUUGGAAGGAUUUUUAGAACACUCUCUUUCGAAAUUCGAUACAAGUGAUUUGAAAAAUGGAACUGCGCCAUUUUCCUUACCCGGUCAAGAAGAUAUAAAGAUAUGUAGGUAUCCAGAUUACAGAGAACCACCAGACUCGAUGAAUAAAUAUGAACACACAAUUAUGUUCUGGCAUGUAUUAGCUGCCAGAUUAGCUUUCAUUGUCGUUUUUGAGAAUAUCGUCGCUAUUGUAAUGAUACUUAUACGAUGGUGCAUUCCCGAUAUGCAUCCAAAGUUACGUGAUCAAAUUCGACGCGAGGCAUACAUAACUAAUGAAACAAUUAUUCGACAAGAAGCAUUACGUGCGUGCGGGGUAUCCCCCGACGUGAACGUGAAUGGCAAUCGUUGGAACCGAGUUAUGAGAACCAGUAUGUCAAAUUCAGAAUUUGACCUGGAAAUUCAUGGAAGUCCGGUGCCUUCUACUAACGUUAAUUCAAGGGUUGGUCCGGCUGCACUAUGACAUAGAUAGGACAAGAAUCUCAACUAAAAAAGAUAGCAUAUAUAAGAGUUACCACUGCGAUACUAGUAGCAAUAAUGUGUAUCAAUGACAUUUAUAUUCUUUCAUUCGAUAAAUAUGAAACAAACAAGUACUGCUUAUAAUUAUAUGGACUGUAAAUUAAUUGGAGAGAGAUAAUGCUUGAUAAGACAUUAACCCUUAUCACUCCAAGAAUAUUGUAGCAAUAACUGCCUGCGUUCCAAAUGAAUACUGUUUAUUUCAAAGAGGAAAUACAAUUAUGAAUGUUUAGAUAAGUAUAAAAUAAUAUCAAAAAACAGUAAAUUAAUUCAUACAUGUUUUACUGUUGCAAUUGUGUUUGACGUAUCCAUGCUUGGCAGAAAGAUUGCCGAUUGGAGUGAUGUAAAUACAUUAUACAUUGGUGUCGAACUGAGAACUCGUAACCUCUUUAAGGUCUUUCCCUUCACUGAGGGUUACCUCCAUAUCUACUCAGAUGCUUUCACCUGUUUGUAUUUAACACUACAUAGAGCUGUUUACGUAUGCAGUUUCAAGCAGGUCCUAGAGUAGAGGUAACUGGGGAUAACAGGUCGGAGUUACACCUGACCCUUGAUUUACCCGAAAAUCCGUUCCACGUGGAUUUGUUUUACGCGAAUGAAAAUCGCAUAAAUAAAGCCUGUCAGUACAAGAGAAAACAACAUAUUGAAAAGAAAAGCUGAUAUAAGUUUUAAAAAUACAUAUUUAUUCUCCAUAACUUAACAAAAAAAUAAUAUUAAUAACAUUUCAAAAAACAAAAGUACUUUUUAUUCGGUGUUACUAAAUUCAGAUCACGCAUAAACACGACCGCAUAAAAAGUGCCACGUAAAUCGAGGGUCAGGUGUACUACCUGAGAGGAAGUCAGUUUGACACCCUUGACCUAUAACUAAAUCAUUAAUUUUAAUUAUUAUAUCAAUGAAUUUAAAAUGGAAGAAGGAUUCUCGUUAUAGCUUUAACCCUACUAUAUUUAUGCUAGGAAAUUGUAUAAAUCUUAAAAUGUUAUUUCUCACCAGAAAAAUAAUUUAUAUUUCAUUUAUGUAGGGAUGUUACAAACAAUGCAUAUUGUAUCUCUAACUUUUUACGUCUAAUUACAUAUAUGUAUAUUUAUGAAUGCUUCUGUACGUACAGAGCAUAAUGUUAACUGUUGUUAUGGUUCCCACAAGCCUUCUCACAUUGGAGUAACAAAAGGAUGCUAUAUUAUUGUUGAACAAAUACUAGUUAUUCUAUUGCAGAAUUUAAUUUUAUAUAUAGGUCUAUGAGUCUUCCUCUCAUUGAAGUUCCUAUAAAUGAUCAUGUUAAUAAAUGGGACUAACACAAAUUAUAUUAAAUUUGAACUUGACAUGCAAGUUUUAUUCUCACAAUUUUCUUCUCUCUAAUAAGAUAUAUUUAUAUUAAUAUUAUAAUAACAUCUACCUCGAUUAAAGAUAUGGUAGUUAUGAAAAUCUUCAUAUUGUGCUGUCUUUGAGAUCUAUCAUUCUUUUAUAUAUUUACAAUUACAGAACACAUUUAAAUAUAAAUAUUAAUUGCCAUGUUUCAUAUCAAUAAUAUUAUUUUUAUGC